AUGAUUGCAUUCAAACAGGUGCGGUAUUUGGUGCCGUUACUGGCGCUUAUUGGCCUUGUUUGGCUGAUUUUUGGCGGCAGCAGCACCAGCAAGCCAAAUAGCCCUUACACAUACAAGAAAAUCAAGAAAAACGACGCGAUUCCUAGAAACUUGCCUGCGGACCACAUUUCCCACUACGAUCUCAACAAGUUGGCGUCCACGCCAAUGGCUGCAUAUAAUAAAGAGCGUGUGUUGAUUCUCACGCCGCUGGCAAAGUUCCUGGAUGGGUACUGGGACAAUUUGCUGAAGCUGUCGUACCCUAGAGAGCAGAUAGAGCUUGGAUUUAUUGUUCCUCGGACGGCGGACGGAGAUGCCGCGUUGAGAAAGCUGGAAGUUGCUGUGAAGCAGGUGCAGAACCCGAAAAACACCAAGGAGCCGAAGUUCGCCAAGGUGACGAUCCUCAGACAGGACAACGAGGCGUUGGAGUCGCAGUCGGAGAAGGAUAGACACGCUUUCAAGAUCCAGAAGGAGAGACGGGCGCAGAUGGCUGUUGCGCGCAAUUCGCUACUGUUCACGACGAUCGGCCCGUACACGUCGUGGGUGCUAUGGCUGGACGCGGACAUCGUGGAGUCUCCGCGCACGCUUAUCCAGGACCUGGUUUCGCACGACAAGCCUGUGAUUGCAGCCAACUGUUACCAACGGUACUACGACAACGACAAGAAGGAGGAUGCGAUCAGACCGUACGACUUCAACAACUGGAUCGAGAGCGACGAGGGUCUGAGAAUCGCGUCGACUUUGGGCGACGACGAGAUCAUUGUGGAAGGGUAUGCAGAGAUCGCUAGUUACCGGCCUUUGAUGGGCCAUUUCUACGACCCGAACGGCGACGUGAACACGGAGAUGCAACUGGACGGUGUGGGUGGAACGUGUUUGAUGGUGAAGGCCGACGUGCACCGAGACGGAGCCAUGUUCCCAAGCUUCCCAUUCUACCACCUAAUAGAAACUGAAGGUUUUGCCAAGAUGGCCAAAAGACUGGGAUAUGAGGUGUUUGGUCUGCCAAACUACCUUGUCUACCAUUUCAACGAGUGA